ACACAAUCAUCAUCUUGUCUCUCCCCUUUCACCCACCCUCAGCUUCAUCCCCUCAAUAAACACUUCCCUUAUUCAUCAACCAAAAUCACACACAUAAGACAUCAUCAGUUUCUCCAAAACCUCCAUCCCUCUUUAUCUGUCUCCCUUCAGCUUCUUCACUAUAUAUAUAUAUAUAUAUACAUAUAUCAUUGCUGUAUAUAUAUAUAAUUAAUAUAAGCUAGCUAAGCUAUGAAGCAGGCACAAGAGCUCAUGAGCCUCCAAAGAACCACCAGCACCAGCACCAGCUCCUCCUAUAGGCCCAACACCCGCAAGAUCAUCCCCUCCACCAACCCCUACUUCUCCCGAUCUUCCGCUGGUGCUGCGGUUCUCGAGACCGACGACUUCUCAGGCAAGCUUCUCCUCCAGAAGAGCAGCUCGCAGUCCCCGCACCAGCGGCGCGUCUCCAAGCCCGCCAUCGCCGUCUCCUCCCUACUCCGCUCGCUUCUCAGCAUAAUCUCGUUCCCCGCCGUCGUACUCCCCACGUGCAAGUGGCUCUCCAUCCCCACCGCCCAGCUGUCCAUCUUCGGUCCCUCCUACUCUCUCGGGCGGAAAGUGACCGGGACCCUCUUCGGCCACCGGAGAGGCCAUGUGACCUUUGCCGUCCAGGACCACCCAGGUUCCGACCCCGUCCUCCUCCUCGAGCUCGCCAUGUCAACCUCGGCCUUGGUGAAGGAGAUGUCCUCGGGCCUAGUGAGGAUCGCCCUCGAGUGCGAGAAGGCCCCCGCCGGUGGCCCCGGGCGAGGCGGGUUGGCCCGGCCCGUGAAGCUGUUCCAGGAGCCCACGUGGACCAUGUACUGUAAUGGGAGGAAGUGCGGGUACACGAUGUCCCGGGCCUGCUCAGAGUCUGACUUGCACGUCCUCAGGACGGUCCACAAGGUCUCGGUCGGGGCAGGAGUGAUCCCAGUCGUGGACGAUGGGCAGAAGGGAAGCGGGUCAGAAGGGGAGCUGCUAUACAUGAGGGCCAAGUUCGAGCGGGUCGUUGGGAGCCGCGACUCCGAGGCGUUCUACAUGCUUAACCCUGACGGGAACGGCGGUCCUGAGCUCAGUAUCUUCUUGCUCAGGAUAUGACCGCGACCUGCAGUCACAAACUUCAUUAGAUGAGAGCUCAGACCACUAAAGCGGUCCAUGUGCACUUUAAGCAGUUCAGAUCAUCCAAAGAAGAAUACCAUGACGACCGGUAACCCCUCAUUAAUACAGUACUUCAAAAUCGAUUCGAUCAGAAACAUCUCAUAUAGGCUUUAUCGAUCAGUUCUGAUCCGUCCAAUCUCCGAUCCUUGAUCACCAGCCGGUUUGUGUCACGCAUAGUGGACUUAGGAAAUUGCUAGUUGGACUUGAUUUGGAGGUGAAUAUGUCAUGGGGGCGGGUAGAAAUUACAGAAUUGUUGGAAUUUUCUUUUUAUUUGUCCUCGGAUUUUUAACUAGUUUAUAUGUGAAUGAUAAUGUGAUUGUACCAUAUAUAUACAUAUAUAUGUGGAUUGUUUGUUCA